CUGGCCAGAGCUAAAAUAAUAAAAUGCUGAGCUCACUGUUCCCCCACCCUCUUUCCCGGCACCGGGCUCCUCCCGCUGCUGGGACAGUGCUCCAGUAGCAUCGACAGACCAACCGACAGAAGGGGAGGUGAGAAGGGAGGUGGCCACCAGGACUGGCUCCGUGAGUGCCACACAGUGGGGAGGGGGUGGGGGCCAUCAUGUCAUCGUAUCAGAAGGAACUGGAGAAAUACAGAGACAUAGAUGAAGAUGAGAUCCUAAGGACCUUGAGCCCUGAGGAGCUAGAGCAGCUGGACUGCGAGCUACAGGAGAUGGACCCCGAGAACAUGCUCCUGCCAGCUGGACUAAGACAACGUGACCAGACAAAGAAGAGUCCAACAGGGCCCCUGGACCGGGAUGCCCUUUUGCAGUACCUGGAGCAGCAGGCACUAGAGGUCAAAGAGCGUGAUGACUUGGUGCCCUUCACAGGCGAGAAGAAAGGGAAACCCUAUAUUCAGCCCAAGAGAGAAAUUCCUGCACAGGAGCAGAUCACCCUGGAGCCUGAACUGGAAGAGGCACUGGCCAAUGCCACAGAUGCUGAAAUGUGUGAUAUUGCAGCAAUUCUGGGCAUGUACACACUGAUGAGCAACAAGCAAUACUAUGACGCCAUCUGCAGCGGAGAGAUUUGCAACACGGAAGGCAUCAGCAGCGUGGUGCAGCCUGACAAGUACAAACCAGUGCCAGAUGAGCCCCCAAAUCCCACAAACAUCGAGGAGAUCCUAAAGAGUGUUCGAAACAAUGACAAGGAGCUAGAGGAGGUGAACCUCAAUAACAUACAGGACAUCCCGAUCCCCAUGCUAACAGAGUUAUGUGAGGCAAUGAAGACAAAUACCUACGUCCGGAGCUUCAGUCUGGUGGCCACAAGGAGUGGUGACCCCAUUGCCAAUGCGGUGGCAGACAUGUUGCGUGAAAAUCGUAGCCUCCAGAGCUUGAACAUUGAAUCCAACUUCAUCAGCAGCACAGGGCUCAUGGCUGUGUUGAAGGCAGUUCGGGAAAAUGCCACACUCACUGAGCUCCGUGUAGACAACCAGCGCCAGUGGCCUGGCGAUGCAGUGGAGAUGGAGAUGGCCACCGUGCUGGAACAGUGUCCCUCCAUUGUCCGCUUUGGCUACCACUUUACACAGCAGGGGCCACGAGCUCGGGCGGCCCAGGCCAUGACCCGGAACAAUGAACUACGUCGCCAGCAAAAAAAGAGAUAACACUACCUUUUCCCCUUACCAACUAGAGCUGGGAGCCCUGAAUGUCUAAAUCCUCAUCUCUCCCCUUCCUGUAAAUAAAGGCCCUUCUGUCCACUC